AUGGCGAGGCGACGAGGAAAUCUCACCAUGUUCGGGCUUUCUAUCUCUCCUAAACUCUGCGCGUUUCUCUCUCUUCCCUUCAUCGGCGACGCGACGGGCGUGAUGGAAAAUAUGAAGUUUAUACCUGAAGUGUUAUUACUAUCAUUAACAAUUAUACUGUUGCAAUCAAGCAUCAUAUUUGCACGACAAUAUGAGAAUUCAAAUCAUAUCAAGACGGCUACUUUUUAUAGUGAGCAAUUUGUAUUGGAACCAGGAAAGGUUACGAUAACAGAUUUAUUCGAUAUUGAGUUUCCAAGAGGACACAUCGGAAUCAAAAAUUUUCAAGCCGAGUUAGUUGAUGAACAUCGGAAUUCUUUGCCAUUAUAUGAAGCUUACCUGCACCAUUAUUUUGUUUUAAGAUAUUUUGAAAAUGUCACCAUGUCACGUCAGGCUAAUCAAAGUCAGCCCAUAUACGGUAAGUAUUUUAGAAGAAACGAUGGAGUAUGUCAAGGUAGUGUUAAUUCAUAUUCCUGGGGGCUUGGAGUUGAUGCACGAAAAACUAGCUUAGAACUACCAGAUCCAUUUAGAAUAGAAGUAGGUACGCACCCUGAGAAUGUCCCAAAGGAGUAUAAUGAAGAGAAAUGGUUAUUCGAUAUCAUGGUUAUUGACACACGUGGUACAGAAGACAAAAACGGUUGCAUCGAAUGCAGAUGUGACCAUUAUAAUGUCAAAAGUGAAGACUUUGUAAGCAAAACCGGUAUUGAUGGGAAACCAAUGUCUGGUGAUUAUAAAGGAGGAAUUUUUUGUUGUGAAAAGACUUCUCAAUGCAAAUUACAAAAAGGAUAUAAUAACAAACAACAGAGAAAAGCUUCCCUUAAAUAUACAGUAACAUGGGUUGAUUGGGAUCAAUACCAAGUGCCUAUUAAGUUUUACAUACUUGAUGUUACUGAUCAAGUGACAUAUAAUGGCUCCGAAUCAAUUCAUAAUUGUAUGGUAGAGUAUUUUAUCACUCCACAAAAUACUGACAUUGGGCAUUAUCAUAUUAAAAAGACAAAGAUCCCAAUGAAAAAGGGUGGUAAUCUAAUCUACUCUACAGUUCAUGUGCAUCCAGGAAUCGUUAAUGCAACUUUAUAUGGGGAGAAUGGAAAGGUAUUAUGUGCGGUUCAACCAACAUACGGCACAGGAGAAGAGCCAGGAAAUGAAAAAGGCUAUGUUGUUGGAAUGUCUGGUUGUUAUCCAAAACCAGGCUCUAUCAAGAUUCAGGAUGGCGAAAUAUUAACGGUUGAAUUCAUACAUGAAAAUAAAUAUAAUACUGGACUUAUGGGACAUUUCUACGUGUAUUUGGCAGAAGAAUUACCAUAG